CUAUUUUUCGUUUAUAUACUGGUUUGAUCGACUAAUUGCUUAAAGUUAUCGUGUCAAGUAUUUGCUUUACAUAAUAUGUAAUCAUCUAUUUAAUGAUAACUUGUAAGAAUUAUUUUUAUCGGUGUAUUAUAGAUAGUUGUAAUUUGUCUAGUUGUCGGAUAACCUAUUAUUUGACCAGACAAAGUUGAUGUUCAAAUAAAACAAUGGGAUUAACAAAGCAGUAUCUUCGUUACGCUGCUGGUGAAGUAUUCGGUGUGAUAGCUGGAAAUAAGUCUAACAUCAUCUUUCUACAUAUCGUUGGAAACCAUGGUAAAUACUGCGCAACAGGAGCAUGUGAAGAUGUUAUUGUUUGGGAUAUACGCACUGGAGAUAAGUAUUUUACCCUGAAAGGUGAAAAGCAUGAAGUGACAAAACUAGCAGGAUCUCCAGACAAACAACAUCUGGCUGUAGGAUACAGUGACGGAAAAGUUUGCGUGUUCAACUUACAGAACGGAGAGAAAACGAUAACAUUCAGUGGGCACAAGUCAGCAGUAACUGCGCUACAUUAUGAUCAUCAGGGACUUAGAUUAGUGUCAGGUGGAAAGGACACAGAUGUAAUUGUGUGGGACAUUGUCAAUGAAUGUGGUUUGUACAGAAUGAAAGGACAUAAAGGUGCUGUAACCCAGGCCAUAUUCCUGAAAGACAGAAAUAUUCUUGUUACCAGUUCCAAAGAUACGUUUGUGAAGUUCUGGGAUCUUGAUACACAACAUUGCUUCAAAACAUUGGUGGAACAUAGAAGUGAGGUGUAUGAUUUUGUCUUGUUGAGGGAUGAUACUAGACUUGUGACUGGGUCGGCUGACAGUGAACUUCGAGUCUGGGAUCUAACAUAUACCGACCAAAUGGACGCUGAUCUAACAGAACCUAUGGCAAAGAAAUCGAGGAUGGAUACUGAAGAUGGUGAUGGUACUGAGGAGGAAGAACUGAAUCUUAUAGAGUGUAAGAAACAGGGAUCUGUGAUGAGAUCAGGGAGAGAUAGACUGAUAUCCAUGGCAACUGAUCUACAACAAACUACAUUGAUAUGUCAUGGGAACGAUAGAAUGUUAGAAGUCUUCAAACUGCCAGGUGCAGAUGAGCUGAAGAAAAAACUUGCAAAACGACAUAAAAAGGAGAAGAAAAAGGCUGGGGAGUCAGCAGACGACACCAGUAUCAGUGUGGAGCUGAAGCUUGAAGAUGAGAUCAGCAAGGUCACUGCAGUUAAAAUGGCAUCAAAAAUAUCAUCAGCAGAUCUCAUACACAGUGGCAAAAAUACAGUAAAGGUGCUAACCCUAUUUAACAACAAUACAUUUGGAUUCUGUACAGUAGAUACCAAUGAUCAGAAAAAUCCUGCCACCGGUAUGGGCUUGAUCAGUCACUAUGGACACCAGAGUGAUGUGAGAACUAUAAGUUUUAGUUCUGACAAUACAGCAUUAAUGUCAGCAAGUGCCGAAUCUGUCAAAGUCUGGAAUAGGUCGUCAUUACAGUGUAUCAGGACUAUGCCGUGUGACUAUGCACUGUGUUCUAUGUUUGCUCCAGGUGACAGACAUAUAAUUCUCGGUACCAAGAGUGGUAAGCUGCAGAUAUUUGAUAUAGGAAGUGGAUCAAUGCUGGAACAAGUGGAGGCACAUUCAGGCUCUCUCUGGUCUAUCUGCAUGUCUCCUGAUAAGAGAGGUAUAGUCUCUGGAGGUGCAGACAAGUUGGUCAAAUUCUGGAACUUUGAACUGGUUGCAGAUGAACAGAAUCCAGAGAGUAGCAAACAGUUGACAUUGCAGCAUGUACGUACCUUACAGAUGGAUGAAGAUGUUUUAUGUGUAAAGUGUAGUCCAGACCAGAGACUUCUUGCAGUCUCAUUAUUAGAUAGUACUGUCAAGGUUUUCUUCAUGGAUACAUUAAAGUUUUUCCUGUCACUGUAUGGCCACAAGCUGCCUGUCUUGUGUAUGGAUAUUUCGGCUGACAGUACACUACUUGUUUCCGGCUCGGCUGACAGAAAUGUUAAGAUCUGGGGUUUAGACUUUGGUGACUGCCACAAAUCCAUCUUUGCUCAUGAUGACAGUAUAAUGUGUAUACAGUUUAUUGCUAAAACCCACAUGUUCUUCACUGGUGGUAAAGACAGGAAGAUUAAACAAUGGGAUGCUGACAACUUCGAGCAUAUAGUCACAUUAGAGAGUCACCAUGCAGAGGUCUGGUGUUUGAGUGUCAGCCCAAGUGGUAAUAUUCUUGCCACAGGAUCACACGAUAAGUCUCUCAGACUCUGGCAGAAAACACAUGAGCCCUUGGUACUUCAGGAAGAACGAGAAAUGGAGAGGGAAAAAGAGUUUGAGGAUUCUGUUGGCCAGGGAGGAGAAGCUGUGGUACCAGGAGAGACGAACACAGAGACAGGUUUAGCUGGGAAGAAGUCUGUGGAAACUGUUAAAGCUGCUGAAAGGAUUAUGGAAGCUAUAGAACUAUAUAGGGAAGAAAAGUACAAAUGGUCUAUUUAUAGAUUGGAAUGCCAGCAGUCAAAGAAACAGAAACGAGAACCAGAACCCCAUCCACUAAUGGUUGCCUUCAGUGUGAACACACCUGAAAAAUAUGUGCAAACAGUAAUUAAAAAAGUCAAAUCCAGUGAGUUAGAAGAAGCACUGUUAGUACUACCGUUCCAGUAUGUGAUAGACUUACUGAAACUGCUAGAUGAGUUCAUCACUAAUGGUUGGGAUAUUGAACUGAAUUGUAGAUGCCUGUUCUUUCUACUUAGAGUACAUCAUGGUCAGAUAACAGCGUGCCAAGAAUUACUGCCAGUGGUUGAUAGAUUACGAAAGAUUACUGUAGAGAAACUGACUACUCUUAGGGACCGUGUGGGAUUCAACCUGACAGGACUUCAGUUUCUUCAGCGUGACAUUGAACAAUCCGAGGAAACAAUGUUUUUCAUGGAUGCAACAGAUAGAUUUAAAGAAAAGAAGAAGAAAAAGAAGAAAAAGGCUAUACUGACAAUUAAAACUUAAUGUAUCAAAAUGUUUAACAAUAAAGCUAAAAUGCAA